AUGCCCGCAAGGGACUCCGUCACGUGGAACUCAAUGCUCACGUGCUACUGGCAGAACGGCCUUCUAGACCAUUCCAGAGCGCUCUUCCACGCCAUGCCCGCCGACAUCAAGACUGUCGUUUCAUGGAACACCAUGAUCGCUGGGUGCGUCCAAAACGACAUGCUCGAUGACGCGUUUCGCUACUUCACUGAAAUGCCGGAGAAGAAUGCAGCAUCGUACAAUGCCAUGAUUUCGGGCUUCGCGAGGUUCGGGCGCAUGCGGGAAGCGCAAACGGUGUUCGAUGAAAUGCCUCGUCGGAAUGUGGUGUCUUACACCGCCAUGAUUGACGGGUACGCGAAUAUGGGUGGGGAUGGCGGGAUUGCGCUCGCAAAGGAGCUGUUCGAAGUGAUGCCCCAAAGGAACGAGGUUUCGUGGACGGUCAUGAUCAGUGGGCUCGUGGAAUAUGGGUUGUCUGAGGAGGCGUGGGAACUGUUUCAGAGAAUGCCAGAGCGGAAUGUUGUUGCUACAACUGCCAUGAUCACGGGAUUCUGCAAGGAGGGGAAGGUGGAUAAUGCCAGAGCCUUGUUCGAAGAAAUUCGAUGCAAAGAUCGUGUUUCCUGGAAUAUAAUGGUAACAGGUUAUGCUCAAAAUGGGAGAGGGGAAGAGGCAUUGAUUUUAUUUUUACAAAUGUUGAGGAGUGGUACGCAACCGGAUGAAGUAACUUUUGUUUCACUUUUAACUGCCUGUGCUAACCUUGCUUCACUUGAGGAAGGGACACAGGUGUAUGCUCUUGUAAUUAAGCAUGGUUAUGAUUCAGAUUUGUCUGUUAGCAAUGCCUUGGUUACGAUGUACAGCAAAUGUGCAUGGUCUCUAUGUUAA